GUGGUUGCUGCUCCUGGGCCGCGAUCUCCCUAGGCAGGAUGAAUGUGAUAGACCACGUGCGAGACAUGGCGGCCGCGGGGCUGCACUCCAACGUGAGGCUGCUUAGCAGCUUGCUGUUGACAAUGAGUAAUAACAACCCUUAACUUGAAUGCAGAAGCCAGUUCUCCAGGCCUGUGACCUCCUGCUCCUGCUGCUUGGCGUCCUCAUCUCACCUGCCUCCUACUUCAGGAGCCUCCUUAAAUAGACCACCUCUGACCAUCAGAAUUGUCUGUCACUACUAUUUUGAUUUUCUGCAUUACUCUUGUCACCAGUUGAAGAAGUCCAGUUCCUGUAUGUGGGAAGCACUCUUGAGCUUAUUAAAUGUGCUGAGGAAAGUGAGCUGUUUUCCCCAUCUCAGAAGUACCAGCUUUUGGUGUAUCAUGCAGACUCUCUCUUUCAUGAUAAGGAAUACCGUAAUGCUGUGAGUAAGUAUACCAUGGCUUUACAGCAGAAGAAAGCCCUAAGUAAAACUUCAAAAGUGCGACCUUCAACUGGAAAUUCUGCAUCUACUCCACAAAGUCAGUGUCUUCCGUCUGAAAUUGAAGUGAAAUAUAAAAUGGCUGAGUGUUAUACAAUGCUGAAACAAGACAAAGAAGCCAUUGCUAUCCUUGAUGGGAUCCCUUCAAGACAAAGAACUCCCAAAAUAAACAUGAUACUGGCAAACCUGUACAAGAAGGCUGGUCAGGAGCGCCCCUCAGUCACCAGCUAUAAGGAGGUCCUGCGGCAAUGCCCAUUGGCCCUUGAUGCUAUUCUAGGUUUGUUAUCCCUUUCUGUCAAGGGUGCAGAGGUGGCAUCAAUGACAAUGAAUGUGAUCCAGACUGUGCCCAACCUGGACUGGCUCUCUGUGUGGAUCAAAGCAUAUGCUUUUGUACACUCUGGUGACAACUCAAGAGCAAUCAAUACCAUCUGUUCACUAGAGAAAAAGUCCUUAUUGCGGGAUAACGUGGACCUGCUUGGAAGCUUGGCAGAUCUGUACUUCAGAGCUGGAGAUAAUAAAAACUCCGUCCUCAAGUUUGAACAGGCACAGAUGUUGGAUCCUUAUCUGAUAAAAGGAAUGGAUGUAUAUGGCUACCUCCUGGCACGAGAAGGGCGGCUGGAGGACGUGGAGAACCUUGGCUGUCGCCUUUUCAACAUUUCUGAUCAGCAUGCAGAGCCCUGGGUUGUCUCUGGGUGCCAUAGUUUCUAUAGCAAACGCUACUCUCGGGCCCUGUACUUAGGAGCCAAGGCCAUUCAGCUGAACAGUAAUAGUGUUCAAGCUUUAUUGCUUAAAGGAGCAGCACUCAGGAAUAUGGGCAGAGUCCAAGAAGCAAUAAUUCAUUUUCGGGAGGCUAUAAGGCUUGCACCUUGCCGCUUAGACUGUUAUGAAGGUCUCAUCGAAUGUUACUUAGCCUCUAAUAGUAUUCGAGAAGCGAUGGUAAUGGCCAACAAUGUUUACAAAACUCUAGGUGCAAAUGCACAGACUCUUACCUUAUUAGCCACCGUUUGUUUGGAAGACCCAGUGACGCAGGAGAAAGCCAAAACUUUGUUAGAUAAAGCCCUGACCCAAAGGCCGGACUAUGUUAAGGCUGUGGUGAAAAAAGCAGAACUACUCAGCAGGGAACAGAAGUAUGAAGAUGGAAUUGCUUUGCUGAGGAAUGCUCUGGCCAAUCAGAGUGACUGUGUCCUGCAUCGGAUUCUAGGAGAUUUUCUGGUAGCUGUGAAUGAGUACCAGGAAGCAAUGGACCAGUAUAGCAUAGCACUAAGUUUGGACCCCAAUGACCAGAAGUCUCUAGAGGGGAUGCAGAAGAUGGAGAAGGAGGAGAGUCCCACGGAUGCUACACAGGAGGAGGAUGUGGACGACAUGGAAGGGAGUGGGGAAGAAGGGGAUCUGGAGGGCAGCGACAGUGAGGCAGCCCAGUGGGCUGACCAAGAGCAGUGGUUUGGCAUGCAGUGAGGGCACUGCUGCUAGUCCUCAUGAUUCCUGAACUGACAAAGAUGCUUUCAGAGGAUGGUGACUUUGGUGUGCUCACAGAAGGGCUCCCUGCCUCUCCUUGAGUUGUAGUCAGGACUUUACUUUAGUGCUGAGCCUGGCCAGCCUUGUGUCUGUCCUCCCUACUCUGUUGGAGAGGUCCAGGAGUAUUCCAAGCUGCAGACUCAGGGGCUGUUGGAGAGGGCAGUUCUGAUGUACCAAACAGAAAACGUGUUCUUCUUCACAUGGAUGGAUUUGCAGGAAUGACCCACUCUCCCAAGAAUGCAACACAGGUGCCCCGGCACAGGUUUCCAGUUCCCAGAAGUUAUGGUCCUGGACCUACCACAUUCACCUAGUAGUGAUGGGUUUCCUACAGUGCAGUCAUGCUGUGUGGCGUUUUUCCCAUUCACUGAGGUGGCAGCUGGCCUCAGCCCGAGCAGAUUUGAAAAGCAAGUGAUGGGAGAAUGACUGUGCAUGGGGCCACUUCAACUAAUAAAAUGCUUUUUCCAGUGA